AUGACCUCAUCCCAGUCGACGCCCGACCUGAUGUACCUGCUCCUGCAGCAGCGCAUCCAGCACCACCACAGCCUCGACAAACCCACGACCACCCGCACGGCCGACCCGCUCCUGCCGUCGCCCCGAGUCGAACCAGUCGCCGAGAUGGAGUUCUCGUCGCCGCGGUACACGCACUACCAGGCCCAGCCGCAGCCGCUGCCGUACCCGCCGGUCAAGGACCACCCUGCCUUUGCCCAGCCGACCCCGCCCCAGGGCUACGUGCCCCUCGGCCAAGCAUACGCCUUCCCCUCCUCCUCCUCGUCCGCCUCCUCGGCGACCGGCACCAUCCCGCCCCACAACCUCCAGCACGCCCACAUGAGCGUCGGCUCGCACGCCGGCGACUUUCAGCUCUUCGGCCAGCCGCCCCAGCACCAGCAGCAGCAGGCGCUCGGGCAACAGCAGCUGCCGCACCAGUUCGCCGCCCAGCCCUUCGCCAACUACCGCCCGGUACCGGCCCAGUCGUUCGCUCAAGGCGCCAACACGGCACCCCUCCCGUCGUACGGCCAGUCGUCGUACCCGAUCUCGAUCCCGUCGAGCGCGUCGUCGACCUCCUCCCACGCCGACAACGACUACCCGCCGCUCCCCGACCUCGUCGCCGACGAGGGCGCGUCGCCCGCCUCGUUCUCGCCGCCCUCGCCUCGUUUUGCUCCCCGGGCCCGGCCCGCGCUGUACCGCGGCGGCCAGGGCAGCAGCGGCGAGGGCACGUACCGCGUCGACCGCGCCGCGAGCGUGCCCAUCCCCGACGCGCCGCGCCCGAUGCGCCGCAAGACGCAAGAGUCGCGCGACUGGCCCUCGUUCUACUCGAGCGGUUCGUCGUCGACGUCGAGCUCGAUGAGCUCGAGCGCGUACCUCCCGACGCCCCAGCUCGGCAACCAGGGCCUCCUCCCGCCGCCGCAGGGCGGCUACGUCGACGAGCCGGCCUCGUUCGACACGCCGACCGCCGCGGCGCACGCCAACCCGUUCGACGCCGCCAACCUCGUCCUGUCGCCGGCGCCGCAGUACUCGUUCUACCAGCAGCCGCCCGCGCCGCCGCACACGGACCACCCGCUGCUCGCGAGCGAGCAGUCGGACCUCUUGCGGCGCGUCCAGCGCGACCUCGUCGACGUCGACUUGAGCUCGAUCAAGGGCCCGCUGCGCGCACUCGCCCUAUCCGGCGGCGAGCGCGAGGCGACGCCGCUCGCGCACCACGACAGCCAGGGCCGCGCCUCGGCCCCUCCCGCCGUCACGCCGGGCCCGCCCAUGUCGCAGCAGCAGCAGCCGUCGCAGCAGCAGCACGCCACGGCCUCGCCUUCGACGGUCCUGCGCUCGCCGGCUGCGGCGACCGUCGCCGAGGACGCUCUGUCGGCCGGCACCGUCUCGCCGCAGGAGGCCUUCCUCGACUACGACGAGGUCGACUCGCGCCUGCACGACCCGCACGACCCGCUGUACUCGGUCGGCCGCGACCGCGAGUUUGGCGUCGGCGUCGGCGCGUCGCUCUUUGCGCCGCUGCCUGCCGUCGCCGCCGCGAGGGGCGCGCAGAGCCCGGCGACGACGGCGCCGUUCGCGCCGAGCCCGCUCCGCGAGCGGUCGACGACGCCGACGGCGGCGAGCGUCGCCGGCCCGCUGUCGCCCAAGAUGGCGUCGCCGAGUGCGCCGUCGUCGCACGCGCAUCACGGGCACGGUCACGCCGCACGUCGCGGCCCGCACCCGUUCUCGGUGCCGCAGAACGCCGUCACGUGGGCCGCUCGACGGUCCCAGUCGGGCUCGCACCUCGUCGGCGGCGUCGUCGACGGCGAUGCCGAUGACGACGACGACGACUUUGGGAGCCAGGACCCUGAGGAUGAGGAGGAGAGCGAUGCGAGCGAGGCCGAGCGGCGCAGGCUUGACGCCGUGCGCAAGCAGGCCGGCCUCGGCGCCGGCUUUGGCGCGUUCGACAAGCGCGACGUCGACCUCAAGCCGGCCCUGAGCAAGCCGCCGGCGACGUCGCACACGCGCGUGCAGCCUAUCCUGCCCAAGCCGGCGCCGAGCGACGAGGAGCGCUCGCGGUACGGCCUCGACAACGUCGGCAAGCCGCUCUUCGGCGUCGCCCCGUCGCUCAAGAACGAGGGCAAGGCGGCUCGUGCGGCCUACGCUCCGCCGCCGCCGUCCUCCUCGGCCGGCUCGACCGCCGCUCCUGUCGCCCAGUUCGCGCCGCCGCCGCCGUCGGGCGUCUCGGCGUUCCACACCGAGCUGCAGAAGCAAAAGGCGCAGCUGUCGCAGGCGCCGGGCGCCGCUGCGGGCAGCGGCACCAACACGCCGCGCCGCGCCGCCGCCGCCUCGGCUCUCGCCGGCCUCAACGCUCACCCCGAGCUGUACGCCGACGGCUCGGACGCCGGCAGUGCCGCGCCGUCGCCGCCGCCGUCGUCGGCCGCACGUCCCGCUCGGCAGCGCAAGCGCAGCCGGGCACUGCGCGCCAUCUACGGCGAGCUGUCGGACGAGGCCGGCGCCGAUGCUGCAGCCGCCGACGAUGAUGACGACGGCGACGAGUCGGACGCGUCGUACCACUCGUCGGCGUCGUCGUUCGGCGGCGCGACCGGCGGCGGCGGCAGCGCUCGCCAGGGCGGCCCGGCGCCCAAGCGGCGCCGACGUGCCCCCGCUGCGGGCAGCGCGCAGGGCGCACGCACGAGCGGCGGCGGCGGCGGUGGCGGUGGGACCGCCACGGGCUCGGGCUCGAUCCGGUGCGACCACCUGAACAGCGACGGCACGACGUGCGGCGUCAUCUUCCGGCGCCCGUACGACCUCGCUCGGCAUCGCGAGACGAUCCACAACGAGAGCCUCGGCGGCGAGAAGCUCAAGAGCGUCAAGGAGUGGCGCUGCCACGAGUGCGACGGCACUUUCAGCCGCAAGGACGCCCUCAUCCGCCACUGCCGCAUCAGGGGCCACAAGGCCGGCUGAGCCGCCUUCUCGUCGAUGGCCAACCUCUCGCGCCGUCCCUCCCACUCCUCCCUCUUCGACUCUCCUCGCGUUCGCCUCUUCCCUCCGUACCUCCACGCCCUUCUGUGCAACUCGUCCCGUCGCUUGUACCCCCUCCCGUCUAAUG